AGGUUUGCCUGCUUCUUCACUCACCCAUCUUAAACAAACUGCAUUUUACCGAUUGCUUCGCAGAACGUGAGAAAGAAAGGAAAAGAAAAAAGAGCUUUUUAAAUAACAUCCACAAACCCGCUGUUGUGGACGCCGUCACUUGACCCCUGGAGCAUUUUCAGAUUUGAAUUAACUGCACGAAAACACAAGAGGACCUUGAAAAAUGGAAAUCGAAGGCGUCAGCGCUUUGCCGGAGGAGAAGCAGCAUUCGCUGGACCCCGCUGUUAACUCCGUCUGUCACAGCGUGCACCUGAAGCUCAACGGUGAGUUGGAUAGGGAGAAGUUAAUGCAGCUGCUUAAGAAGGUUCGCUUAACCGUGCCGGGCCUCAUUGAGCUGCACUUUGGUGCCAAUGACAUGAAUGCCUACCCGAAGAAGACGGAGUCGCCCGAUGGCAACACGCACGCCCUCUUCAGCCGCCAUCAAAACGCGCAUUACCUGAAGGCCUACCAGCAGCACCCGGCACAAUUGGAGCUGGCGAACUUUCUGUUCAGCAAGGCGGAGCGUCUGCCCACGGUGAUCGACUUCGUGAACAUCAAGUCCAACCUGUAGCAGUGACCCCUUUCCUCUUUCUUUCGUGUAUGUGCGUUCGCUGUGUCUCUUUGGUAAUGGCCUGGAUGUGCGCGUGGGAGUGUGAACGGGGUGGCAACUCUCCUUUGAAUUGUUGCUUUAGGCGCGCAGCGCGGGUGAUCUGGGGGCGAAGGAAAGGACAUGGCGACCGUGAUUGACAAAUGACGGCAGCCCGCUGAGGACAGCCAGACGAGAAGGCCGAGCCGCAAGGCAGCGUUCGUUUUCACUUCCCCCUCCCCCUCCUUUCUCUCUUCCAACAACACAGCUGUUGUGCUGUAGCACGCGUCCGCCUGUGCGCUCCACAUCUUUGUCGACGGCGCUCUCUCCUCCUCUUUUUGCUGUGUUGUCGCGCUGACGUCGCGUCCUCUGCUUAUCGGAUUUUCUUCAGCACUGUUGACCACUACAUAAGCUUGUCACGUGUGUGCGACGUGGCUGUACGAAAGAAUUGUCACACAAACAAACCAAAAGUAAUGUUUCUCUAACAUCCCUUUUCUUUCUCUUUUUUGGUUUCUCGACCGGGUUCUCUCAGUCGCUUGACGUCUAUUCUCUGUUUCCUUACUCGGUGUGCGUAUCUGUAAGGCGUUCUCGGUGUGUGUGUGUACGCAAAGGAAGAGUUACUUGUUCCGCCACAUUCCACGAUGACACCCACCAAAACAAACAAAAAAAUGUUUAACGGGCUCAAUACACAAAAGGCUUUCUUCGUCUUAUUAAAACUAUCUAUAUGAGUCUCGUUGCAACUCAUAAACCGCCUUUUAAGGCAGCAAGCCGGCGUCUUUCAUGGAGUUUCAUCAAAAAUGUGCGUCUUUUGUUUUUUCUUGUUUCGCAGUGGACGAGUUUAUAAUGAGGAGGAACAAAAAAUUGUAUUCUGGAAAAUAGAAGAAAGGCGGCUUGAACAGCAUCUCAGAAACCCACCGAAGUGGCGGAUUCUCAGCUGUCCAACGCUUUUGUUGUCGAAGGCGAACAGGCAAUGAAGCGCUACCGGAGCUCAUCACUUUCGCGUCUGGCGUUGUUUUCCUUUUUCCCCUCGUUGCAAUUCUAUUUCUCCCUUCUGUGGCACCGUGCUUUCUUUUUUUCUUUUCCCUCUCUCCUCCUCCCUUGUCCUUCAUGCCGCAAUGC